CGAGCGACUCGGUUGGCAACCACCCAAAAGGAAGGGAAAAAAGGAUCGGUUCAUUUCAACCAUAUUCCGCGAACCCGAGGCCCUUCGAGCUAUCCUUUCCACGAAUGACCACCCCCUUUCGGGCUCCACAAUCUUGACAGACGGGAGAAAGUUGACAAUACUACAGGAGGUUGUCACUACGAGUCUUGGCGUUCCCGGUCCAGAAUUCUACCUGUGGCUUCAUCGCCUCUUAUGGGUCGGCCGUCCCGCAGAUGAUGGCAGUAAGCGGGUGGAAAGACGAAGGGGAGUCAUCGACGCAAGGAGUCCUUCCCAAUACAAAAUUGACCGCUCUAGUCCGAUACGCCUGUCAGGUCAUGGAGUUCAAACUAUAUAUGCAACCCUACGACUGUCCGGGAGAGAGUGUAUGAGAUGGAUCACGAAUGAUGGGAAUGAUGUUGAUUGAGGGACCCAGCUAACUGAGGCUGGAAGGGAUCGCCAGCUAUAUAGAGCU